AUGAGGAUAGCUCGCAUGAGCGUCCCAUUGAGGAGCUUAUCAGUCACGCCACUGCGAUUCGCCAACAAUACCACUCAGGGCUAUCCAGAGUCUGGUACACCUUCGAAGAAAGAUGUUCAGCUUGAGAAGGACCAAGGGCUCAAGGAUCUCUCCAAGAAGAGUGCAGUGGGCACGCAAGAAGGUGUUCACUUCCAAAUGACGCCACCAUUCCAACAGAAAGGAGCAGGAGCCGGUUUGGAAGUGAACAAUAAGCCCCUUGGAGAUUACCUUCUCACACAUCCCGUUUACACCAACGAGGAACUUGAAAGCGUGAAAGUUUUAGAAUUUACCAAAAAAACAUUUAGCGAUAAAUGCGCGAAUGCACUGGUGAAGCUGAUGAGAACUUCAUUUGACCUUGUUACAGGAUACAAGCACAAGGAAGUAACGCCUGAAGUCAAAGACAAGCCGUUGGAUUGGCUGAUCAGCAAGGGCUAUGUGCUGAGUGAAAAGCAAUGGUUGAGAAGGUUUAUCUUCCUUGAAUCAGUGGCUGGAUGUCCUGGUUUUGUCGCCGCGAUGGUUCGCCACUUGCGCAGCCUUCGUCGGAUGAACAGAGACGGGGGGUAUAUCAACAUGCUCCUCGCAGAAGCCGAGAACGAGAGAAUGCAUCUCAUGUCAUUUCUCGCCGUCGAGAAGCCAAGUGUUUCUAUGAGAGCUAUGGUUUUGGCUGCUCAAGGUGUAUUUUUCAACGCCUUCUUCUUAGGGUAUCUCAUAAAUCCAAAGAUCUGUCACCGCUUUACUGCUGUCCUUGAAGAGGAAGCUGUCGUUACUUACACACGUGCCAUUGAAGAAAUUCAAAAUGGCUAUGUGCCAGGAUGGACCAACAAGAAGAUUCCUCAAAUCGCACGUGGCUAUUGGCAACUACCAGAGUCAGCAACCAUGCUCGAUCUCUGCCAUGUUGUUCGCGCAGACGAAAGUAACCACCGGUUUACCAACCACACGCUAUCAGAACUUGACCUCGAUAAGCACCUCAACCCGCUUUCUUUACAGGAACCAGACGCUGUGACUCGUGGAACCAAGCUUGGUUUCACCCGUGAAGAGAGUGCUGCAUGGCUAGCUGAGACAAGCAGCGCUAUCCAGAAGAAGAAGGAUGAGGGCUCCUACGUUAGACCACAUUCUCAUUAG